AUGUACAAUAUGCUAGACCCUAUUUUACCUGGGCAGCUCUAUAUCGACAUCCAAGAGAUGGUGAGGGAUACGAGGGAGAGACCGGAGGCUGAUUUCUCCAAGCUUGACACCAAGAUCCAGAGGUUCCCACAAGGCCUAAGGCCGGGGGUCGAAGAACGCUACAUUAUCCCGAGCUUCGUCUCCCUCGGCCCUUACCACCAUGGCUCACCCCACCUACGGGAGACAGAAGAGUUGAAGCACGCGGCGGCCCACUACUUCUGUGAGAUGUCUGGCCACUCGGUUGCGCAUGUCUAUGACAAGAUCCUCCACAUCGCAGGCGAAGGCCGCAGCUGCUACGUCCAUGAUGCGGUGGCGAAGUUCACGGACGCUGAAUUUGCGGUAAUGAUGUUUCUCGAUGGUUGCUAUUUGUUGCUCUAUAUGGCGGGGACUAAAGGAUGUGCGUUUUUGUGUAAUCGGAUGACCUUGUCCACGGGGCCUUGCAUGCUAAGGGAUAUCUUUCUGUUAGAGAAUCAGCUUCCUUGGUUGGUCCUCGAGGCUCUUAUGGACUUCUUGACACCAUGUCCAGUGUACAAGUUUGUUCAUAAGAUGGGGAAAUAUUUCUAUAUCACCCGCCGCCCUUCAUCUUUACAUUCAAACACAAGGGUUCAUGUGGAUGAGCUCAAGAAGUACAAGCCACCACAUCUCCUUGGGCUCCUCCGAUACUCUCAGCUUGGCAAUAUGACUAACAUAGAUCUUGUCAACAAUUGCACAUGCCAGUCAUCUAGUAGUGGCAUUGAGCUUGCGGAAAUCGGCAUCAAGUUGACUGCCAGCAGCAAAACAGGGUUGGCGGACAUGAGUGUCCAGAGAGGCUACCUCUUUGGCCAGCUCUCCCUUACGCCAUUGUUCGUAAAUGACGUCACUGCUUGCUGGCUCAUCAGCAUGGCAGCUUACGAGGCGUGCGUGUCCACCACAUAUCCAUCAGAUGGCUUCGUCAUCAGCUCAUACAUCUCCUUCAUGGCAAUGCUCAUGGACAAGGAAGAGGACGUGCACGAGCUGCGAGCCAAGCACAUCGUUGGCAGCUUCUUCAGCAACACACAGCGGCUCGUUUUCUUCAAGGGGCUCGCCACCCACCUGCGCCUCGGGCGCCUCUACUUCAUCAUCACGGACAAGAUUGACAAGUUCAAGCGUGAAAGGCCAGUGAGUAUCGCCGUGCAUAGGUUCGUAUACAAAAACUCCAAGGCAAUUGUCACCGUGCUCUCUAUUGGCUCGCAGGUAUCUUCAGAACCUUGA